CUAGUUCCUUCCCACCCCACCUUUCUGCUGUCUCCCUACUUUACUCAGGAUUCGUUGCAUGCCAAAUCUCUUGGUUGCACUCUCGCCUACACUUUCUUCAGACAAGGAUAAGUGUCGAUCUCCCAUCCGCUGCCUGAUCAUGUCCAUACAAUGAGUUUCAUCCCCCAAUUCGGCAAUCUGCCCCCCAUCCAGACCCGCAAAGCUCUACUUCUCCUAGACCUACAGAAUGACUUCGUGCGAUCUACUGGGUCUCUCCAUGUCCCCAAUACUGCCGACUUUCUGGAGAGUAUUCCUCCGCUAGCCAGCACUUUCCGCCGUAACGGCGAUGUGGUAUGGGUGCGCUCCGUCUACCAGUCACCCCAACCUCUGAUCAGCCCAUCGGACGGCCAGGACCUUGUGGUUCUCGGAAGACAGGAUCUGACUGCGCGCACGAAGCGCACACCUGAAGAUGAAACGGUUGGUGGAUGCGCAAAGGGGGAUGGAACGGUCGAUGAGGAGGCGUUUCUCUCGGCCAAGACCCCUCAGUGCUGUUUGCCGCAAACGCCCGGCGCUCAAUUCCCCGCACCCGUAUUUGCUGCCAUUGACUCCGAGUCUGAUACCCUGAUUGAGAAAUCAGGAUACUCGGCGCUCAGCGACCCCAACCUCAUCCUGUCGUUCCGCACGCGGUUUAUUACUGAAAUCUACCUCUGCGGAUCUCUGUCCAAUACAUCCGUCUACGCCACCGCCCUUGACGCUGUACGACAUGGCUUUUCGGUGACUUUGGUGGAGGACUGCCUGGGGUAUCGCAGCUUCCCCCGCCACGAAGAGGCGAUGCGACGCAUGGCGGACAUUUUUGGCGCGAGCGGCAUCACCACGCAGGAGCUGUUGGAGGAGCUGGAUUGGGAGGAAACUGAUGCGAUCGCCAGAAGCAGUAAUACCCGGCCACUGCGGACUGGCGUACCUACGGAAAUUGAAGGAGGUAUGGAUGGGUUGGAUUUUGGUUCGAAAUCGCGAUCGGCAAUCGAGGAAGGGAGCCCGGAGUCUCUGGCGGGCAGCGGCAGGCGCCGCAGGAUUGAGGAUCUUAUGGCGGAGUUCUCCGACCACGACAACCAGAGCUUGCAGGAGCUGGCCAGCCUCGCGCGCGCUCGAGCUCAAACCGCGGCUUCGGAGACGCAGUCCGCGAAUGCUGGGUUACAAAAGGUCCGCGCUCGUGUCCGUCGCACAAAGAAAAUGGAUGCCAAGGGCGAGUCGGCGGCGCGCACAGACCCCCGGCGCAGCGAGAAGUCGAGGAAGCGCGAGGUGUAUAGGCCGGGCGACAAAAUCGGCGAGGGCGAUUCCAGGAUUAUAUACGAUUUAGAGCUACCAGAAGAGGCUUUCGAGAAGAUUCGCGAUGAGGUAGCUUGGCAGAAGAUGUAUCAUCUUUCUGGACAGGUCCCUCGACUGGUGGCAGUGCAGGGACAUGCGCUGGACGAUGGAUCAAUCCCUAUCUAUCGCCACCCGGCGGACGAGUCACCUCCUUUACAACGAUUUACGCCGACUGUGGACGAGGUGCGGACUGUGGUUGAGCGGAUCCUCGGCCAUCCGCUGAACCAUGCACUUAUCCAACUCUAUCGUGAUGGACAAGACAGGAUCUCCGAGCAUUCCGAUAAGACCUUGGAUAUUGUGCGGGGUUCGUUCAUCUGCAAUGUCAGUCUCGGGGCUCAACGCGUGAUGGUCCUGCGAACCAAGGGAAAAGAGGCGGAAGGGACGGAUACGGGUCGCCUGACACAGCGCAUUCCCAUGCCGCACGAAUCGCUGUUCAUCCUUGGGGAGAAGACGAACAUGCGGUGGUUGCAUGGUAUUCGGCCUGAUAAGCGCGCUGUUCACGAAAAGUCCUUGGAGGAGCGAGCGUACGGCGGACAACGUAUCUCGCUGACAUUCCGACAUAUUGGGACCUUUCUCAGCCCGGCCGGAGACGCGAUCUGGGGCCAAGGUGCAGUCUCCAAGACUCUGGAUAAUGCCCAUGCGGUGAUUCAUGGUCAACCGGAAGAGACCGAGCGCUUGAUCCGGGCAUUUGGGCAAGAAAACCAUGCGACUGAAUUCGACUGGGACGGUGUCUAUGGGGCGGGGUUUGAUGUGGUUAAUUUUGUGACUGCUACCACCGCCAAGCUUGUGCUCGGGCCGGACCCUGUGGCUAAUCUUCGGGUGCGGCUGUGUUUGAGUGAGAACGGACUACGCUACGACGCUGUCAAUGCCACGGACACUACAAGCGAUCUGCCAGUAUACAUUGAUGGCAGUGAGGCCAGGGUCGCUGGCGACUCUGCCAUAUUAACACACUUCUCGGCUCACGCCUCGGAGUUAGUGCGACCGGAAGUGGAAGCUCUGCGCGGGGGAUGCCUCCUGGGCGAAGUCGACCAGCUCCUGUCUAGCUGGCGCAAUCAGGGGCAACCAUCAGGUGAUGUAUGCCUGGACAGAUGGGAAGCACUUUUUCAGGAGCAGCCCUUUGCGAGCGGCGCCUCUUUCGGAAUCGACGACUGCGCCCUUUGGCCUGUCCUCUGGGACAUCCAGUCGACCCACCCUCUGUUGUCCACGUCUUAUCCGAAUCUAGUACAGUACUACGCUCGAGUGGAGAAGCGUGGGAUAGUCAAAGCGACACUGGAGGAGAUGGCAUAGAGUGACCAAACAGCUCUGGACGCAUACUUCAAAUCAUGAACAUAAGCGAGCAUCAGAUAUCAUUUGCAAUGAACAAACUACACUAUAC